CAUAAAUGGGCGGCGCCUGAACAAUGAGGUAAUCGUGGUAAACAGUAAAGAUGGCGACGUCUGUAGCCGGAGAGGUGCAACAAAGUCUAAAUUGGAUUAUUUCCGACCAUCAAACUAAAAAACUGACUGACCUGCCGACCGAGUUACUCGAACACAUCCUGUGCUUCCCUGUCCUCAAACAUCUCGACAUUUGUAACGUUUCCUGCUGCUGCAAGCGGCUACACGACGUCUGCCAUGGAAGGGGGAAGGUCUGGGGACACCAGUACAAACUCAGAUGGCCAAGACUGCAGAGGUUUUACCGUCAGAAUGAGUGCUGUGACUGGCUCAGAGAAUACAAAACACGCCAUCGAGUUGGUAUACAAAUACGAAGGACCGUGGAAUCAAUCUCAAAGAGAUUCUUCACAGAAGUCCCCUGCGUUGGCCAGGUGCUGGGAGACAGCUUUGCAGAGAUCGAGUCACUUGGGAUGCCAGAGCACUUCUGUGAAGACGAGCUCCUCUUCAUACUCCACUCUGACAAGAGCAAAAGCUUGACCUUGAAGUACUAUGCAAAGAAAAUCCUUUACUUCCUGAGACAACAAAACAUCUUGAGGAGUUUGAAGACCUUCCUGGAGCAGCCUGCAGAGCAGCAGCAGUCCGCUUUAGAGGGUGCUCUACUGGUGGAUCAGUAUUGUAACCCACUGGCUGAUAUAACACUGAACAGCAUAUCAGCCCAGCUGGAUGAGAUCGCAGAGAAAGUGAAGAAGAUGCUCAGAAUCAAGAAUCCCUCUCACCCCAGCCUGCGUAUCACUCAAGGUGACCGUUUCGUCGUAGAGGACUUAGAGCUCCAGAGGCAGGUGGUGUGUGCUCUAAACUCUGUAUUGUAUGAGCAGCUUCAAUACAAAGGCAAUGAGUUUGACUUCUACAACCCUCUCAACUCGUACAUCCACCAGGUGCUACUACGCCGUACGGGCAUUCCCAUAAGCCUCUCUGUCCUUUACAUGACAUUAGCCCAGAAGUUGGGAGUUCAGGUGGAACCGGUCAACUUUCCCAAUCACUUCCUUCUGCGCUGGUGCCAAAAACAAAGAGGGAGUGAGGACAUCUAUGACUAUGUCUACAUUGAUGCCUUUGGUAAAGGCAAACAGCUGACAGCCAAGGAGUGUGAGUACCUCAUUGGCCACCAGGUGACUGCAGAUUACUACAGUGCCAUAAGCACCACCGAGGUGCUGCUCAGGAUGGUGGGAAACCUGCUUAACAUCGGUAAAAGAGGGGAGGGCAAUGAGAAAUCCUACCAGCUGCUGAGAGACUCUCUGGACCUCUACCUCACUAUCAACCCAGAUAAUGUGCAGUACCUGCUGCUGCAGGCACGCCUCUACUUCCACCUGGGCAUCUGGCCAGAAAAGGUGCUAGACAUCCUGCAGCACAUUCAGGCAUUGGAUCCCUCCCAGCACGGGGCAGUGGGUUACCUCGUACAGCACACGCUGGAGCACAUCCAGCACAAGAAGCAUCCCGUUACACCUGAGGUGAAGAAGCGCAGCGUUUCCGAACACCUGGAGGUCCAGUAUUCAGUCGGCCUCAUCAUGAAACACAAGAGGUCAGGAUAUAACUGCGUGAUCUACGGCUGGGACCCAAAGUGCACCAUGAGUCAGGAGUGGAUCACCACCAUGAGGGUCCACCAGCUGUCCAAUGGGGCCAACCAGCCGUUCUACAACGUCCUCGUACAGGACGGAACGUGUCGCUAUGCAGCGCAGGAGAACCUGGAGCCCCACUCGGCCCCCCUGGAGAUCGGCCACCCGGAGGUGGGACGUUACUUCUCAGAGUUUGCCGACACCCACUAUUUUGCCAACGAAGAACUGCAGACCCGAUACCCAGAGGACAUGGUUGAAACUUUGGGUACAGUGCAGGAGCUUUACCACAGACUGACACCUGGCACUGGGAACCAGGACCAGGCUCUUGCCACAGACCAAAACAACCACCAAGCCAUGCCCAUGUAGCAAAGUUGCUGUGUCCAACUACCUGCCAAAUGGGGCUAACCAAUUACUGGUCACCCAUUCUCAAUUCAC